UCAACAACGACGCUCAUUUUUGUUUGAUUAAUCUAAUAUUAUAUUAAUUGUUUAAAUAUUAGAUCAGCAACAAUAUAUUAAGUUCGUUUUAAUUUAAAAUAUAUAUAAUUGUGGUAGAACUUAGUAAUAUAUGAAUAAUUCAAAGUGAGAUAAUUUCUUUAACUUCAAAAUGAACGGAAGGGCGAAAAAAGCGGCUCAGCCAAAGAAAAAAGCAAAUGGAUAUAAAAUGCCAGCACCUAUCCCUGUUGGCGAGGUGAUAAAUGAUACGAUAUCUAAAAAGAAAUGGCGCAUCGGCCCUUCGAUAGGUGUUGGCGGCUUUGGUGAAAUAUAUUCAGCAUGCGAACACACCAGUUCACCGAAGAAAACCUCUAGUUACCCAUAUGUAGUUAAAAUAGAACCACAUGAAAAUGGCCCGCUCUUUGUAGAAAAACAUUUUUAUAUAAGGAAUGCUAGCAAAGAUGAGAUUGCCAAAUUUAUGAAGGCAAAGAAAUUGACUACACUAGGUAUGCCAUCCUUCUACGGUAAUGGUUCCCAUGAAUACAAAGGUGAAAAAUACAGGUAUUUAGUUCUAGAGAGGUAUGGCAAAGAUGUCUGGAGCCUUUUCAAAGAAGCUGGAAGGUGUUUCCCACCAGCUACUGUCUUCCAAUUAGGAUUACAAAUGCUAGAUGUGCUAGAAUACAUACACAGUAAAGGCUAUGUCCAUGCAGAUAUAAAAGGAGCUAAUAUUCUUAUGGGUCUCAAGAAAGGAACGGAGAACCAGGCAUAUCUUGUGGACUUUGGUCUCGCCACGAGGGUCAAUGAGAAGGAGUUCAAACCUGACCCUAAAUGUGCCCACAAUGGAACCAUUGAAUAUACAAGCCGUGAUGCACAUUUAGGAGUGGCUACUAUGAGAGGAGACCUUGAGAUACUCGGCUACAACAUGCUGCAAUGGCUGGUCGGGGAACUGCCUUGGGAGAAAAAUUUGAAACAACCGAAAUCUGUUCAAAACUUCAAAGAGACAUUCAUGAAAAACAUCCGAAAUGAAAUAAAACAAUUCACAAAUGUACCUGAAGCUCUGAUCAAAUACUUUGAGUACAUCAACUCCUUGAAACCAAAAGAUAAUGUAGAUUAUACAAAGUGUCGACAGUUGUUUGAAAGUUAUCUUAAAUCAGAAGGAGUAACAAAAACGAGUAAAAUGGAAUUCAUACAAACCAAAAAACGAAAAGCGACACGAGUGGACGAUAAAAAUAACGAUGAAGAACUAAACUCUGAUGAAGAAACGACACAAAAAGUGCUCAAAAAGAAUACAGCAAAACAAAACGGCGACAUAAAAUUAAUAAAACGACGUAAAAAAGCACCAACGAAGCCAGUUGUCACCGAAGAAAACUCUGAAAACGAAGAACCAGAUGAAAGUAUAGAAAAAAUCCCAACACGAUCUAAGAAAAGGAAAUCAGUAGAACCGGCUGUGCUGGUAAAAGUGAAAAAGACGAAGAUGGCGCCGAAAGCAACGCCGCCUGCAAAGAAAAACCACGCAAAUAUUUCGACACAAACGUCUGCUGAGAAACCAAAAGUUAAUUCGAGACAAGUUUCUUUUGAUAGUCCCAUUUGUGAAAUUAUAGGAGAAAAGAAACAAAUAAGAGGUAUUAAAAUCAGCGAAUCUCCAAAUUCGAGCGGAGACAUAUUUGAUGACUCGUUUACAAUCGAAGAAAAACGGACGAGAUCGAAAAAGAUCUUACUCUCGGAUGAGGAGGUGACGGUUAAGAGAGUAGUGAAGAAAAAAGUGACUUUAAAGCCCAAAGGGAAGUCGUGGAAGAAUACGCCCGCUGUACUUAAUGGACGAUCGCCACCGAAGUAAUUGUGCCAUAACAAGUAGUACUUAUUUUUUUUACGUUUCAUAUAAAUUGCCAUAAUCAAUUUCCAUUCCCACCAAAAAUAUCACAAAUAUUAAACCGAAAUAUGAUUAUAAUCGUUAUAAGAGACACAUUUGUGUUUAAGUAAUAUACUUUUUUUAAUAAUACAUAGUAAAAUGCAGAUGGCAGCGAUGAAGACGAGGAUUUGUUUGGCAUUUAUAUUUUCAUUAAAUUUUACAAUAUUAGAAAAUAACUGAUUUUCUUUAUUGUUGGAAAAUUCUAAAUUAAUAGUGUUUUUGCCGGAUCGUGCAUAAGUUUACGUUGAUUGUAUUGUUUUUAUCGUGUAGUUAGUUAAUUUUUGAAUGAGUUGUGUAUUUUUCGCGCCAAUAAAGAAUGUUUGACAUCAAAUGCGUUGACUUAAGUGAUUGAAAUAUCGUUCAACUAUUUCUCAUAUAUUUAGGAGAAAUAGUAUUCUUAGUGAGUUUAUUUAAAAAAAGACAUGAAUAAGUAAUGAAAUAGGUAGAGCUUAAUUUAUUGGCGGGGAAUUUAAUUGUUUGAUAUGUUUAUGAUGCAUUUGAAAUUGUUGCUUUUAUCUAAUGUAUGUAUUUGCUCAGGUUUCUAUGUUAUCAUGUAAAAUAAACAGUAUUUUUAAAAUG